UCAGCUCACUUCUUGUCUCGCCGGCUGUGUUGAAGACACAACAGACAUGGUGUUUUUUAUUUUUCAUAUCCUUAUACGCCCCAGCUGCUUUAACCAGGUGUUUGUGUUUUAAGACUCUUCACAAGGUUUUACUUCAGUAAAGAGACAAACUCACGCAGAGCUUCAUCAUCAUCUUCAUCUUGUUUUUCCGCUCUGAGUGUAUCAUCCUGUUUCCUUGACACCAUGGCUCAGUGACAUCAUUUCAUAGACUUAAUAUUUCUCGGGUCAGCCGAGUGCCAUGCCGCCACCGGAUGGCUGCUCCAUCAAUUCGGCCCCUUCGGACGAGAGCGAGGACACUGAACCCCUCAUCGAGAACGAUGCAGUUCCUCCUCAGUGCUGCUCGGCUCGCCUCAACCUGGCUGUCCUGAUGUUUAUGGGGUUCACCGUGGUCUACGUUCUCCGUGUUAACCUCAGCGUUGCCAUGGUAGCCAUGGUGAAUACCACCGAUACGAAACCAGCCCAGAACAGCUCCAUCACUCACGCUUGUCCGCUGCCAUCAGGGAUGGAAAACACCAGUGACACUUUCCAACAACCUGAGGGGGUAACAAACGUCAAUACUGUUAAACGUCGCUUCGCUGUGCGUGACAUGAGGCAGACUGUGGCUGUCGGUGUCAUUAAGGAGGUCGAAAAGAAGGAGUCCACUGGUGGAAAGGUCACCAAGUCUGCACAGAAGGCACAGAAGAAAUGA